GGAGAGAGCUCCGCGCCGGGAAGAAGCUGCGAGCGUCCCCGAUGGUGCCGGUGCCUCCGCCGAGCCGGGGAGCAGCGGCCAGGGGGCAGCUGGGCAGGAGCCUGGGUCCGCUGCUGCUGCUCCUGGCGUUGGGACACGCGUGGAGCUUCCGAGAGGCGCCCGAGGACCGCGACAGAGAAGUCUGCUCAGAAAACAAAAUCUCGACCACCAAAUACCCGUGUCUGAAGACUUCAGGCGAGCUCACCACCUGUUUCAGGAAAAAGUGCUGCAAAGGAUAUAAAUUUGUUCUCGGACAAUGCAUCCCAGAAGAUUAUGACGUGUGUGCGGAGGCUCCCUGUGAGCAGCAGUGCACGGAUAACUUUGGCCGUGUGCUGUGCACGUGCUACCCGGGAUACCGAUACGACCGGGAGAGACACCGGAGGCGGGAGAAGCCCUACUGCCUGGAUAUCGACGAGUGUGCCACCAGCAAUGAGACCCUGUGUGCACACAUCUGCAUCAACACCGUGGGCAGCUACCGCUGUGAAUGCCGGGAGGGCUACAUCCAGGAGGACGAUGGAAGGACGUGCACCAGGGGAGACAAAUACCCCAACGACACCGGGCAUGAGGAGAAGACCGAGAACGCGGUGAGAGCCGGGACCUGCUGUGCCACGUGCAAGGAGUUCCACCAGAUGAAGCAGACGGUGCUGCAGCUGAAGCAGAAGAUCGCCCUGCUCCCCAACAGUGCUGCGGACCUGGGCAAAUACAUCCCAGGCGACAAGGUGCUGGCCUCCAAUACCUACCUGGCCGGACCCCCUGGCCUGCCUGGGGGCCAAGGUCCGCCCGGCUCACCAGGACCCAAAGGGAGCCCUGGCUUCCCGGGUAUGCCGGGCCCCCCGGGGCAGCCCGGCCCGCGGGGCUCCAUGGGGCCCAUGGGGCCGUCUCCUGACCUGUCCCACAUUAAGCAAGGCCGGCGUGGGCCUGUGGGCCCCCCGGGCGCCCCCGGCAGAGAUGGUUCUAAGGGGGAGAGAGGAGCACCUGGCCCCAGAGGGUCUCCAGGGCCUCCCGGUUCCUUCGACUUCCUGCUGCUGAUGCUGGCGGACAUCCGCAACGACAUCGCGGAGCUGCAGGAGAAGGUGUUCGGGCACCGGACGCACUCGGUGGCGGAGGAGUUCCCGCUACCUCAGGAGUUCGCCGGCUACCCCGAGACAAUGGACUUCGGCUCUGGAGACGACUACCCGAAAAGAACUGAAACCAGAGACUUGGGGCCCCCUGGAGACUUUUAUCCUUAGUGCACCCCCAACAUCUCAGUGCCAAAGGAAGAGCGUGCUUGCCUUCAGCUAAGUCAGUGAAGCGGGAGGGGGAGGAACACCCCUGAGGAAAGGAUGUUUUUGUUAUCUUGACUCCUUUCCUGCUUUCUCCCUACCUCCUCUUCCAAAUACCAUUUUGAGAGGCUCCUGCUCCCCUGUAGACCACCGAGAUCCAGGUUGUGAGUGCUAGCGCCCCUUGGCCACCGUUGGGCUUUCUCUUCCUUUUUAUCUUUCAGGAACUUCUGGAUUUCUGAGUGAAGUAUUUUCACAAUGUCUUAAAAUUUGGCAGAAUAUCAAACAGAGAAAAUGGCAAGAUGAGCUCCAAGAAAAUGAGUUUGCUUAUAAAAAAAACUACUACAAUGUACACAUCCCAAAUAGACUAUAAGGAAGCA